GAGUGGCUAAUUUCUCAAUCACGUAGAUCAUUUCACGUGUCUUAAAUUGCGUAGUUGAUCAUCGAUAUUCUCCAGAGUACCUAGAUCAUAGAUCACGGUAUGGUAACACGAGGAAGUCGAGAAAUUUUCUACCAAACUUAAAUUUUUCCGUGAGAGUUCUCGUUGAAGCUUGAUAUUAAGUAAUUUUUUUCACACACAGUGCAAUACUUGGGCAACUUCAGAGUCAUUAAAGAAUUUCUAGUAAAGAUGUUGGAAGAAUCACAGCCAUUCCUUGCCACCGAAGAAGUGCGAAGAGGAAAGAGGACAAAGUCCGUUAUUAUCAAUAUCGCCGCUCACUUACUCAUAGUGUGCCUAUAUACUAUUGCCAGCCUUACCUUUAUCAAUCACAAGAUUAAGUCAUGUUGGCGUCCUAUGACUGGUACUCACCGCGUUACUACUAUCCCUCCCUUCCCAUCUCCUUCCAUAAUUUAUACAAACCUAUUAUUAAACGUGAAAGCAGACUGAUAGAUGAUUGCAGCAGUCGAUAAUUUAGAUGUCAAGACGGAACACAGAUCCUACAAUCUCUAUGAGAGCACUGAUUUUGUUGGGUCUCCCGGCCCCGAGACCGACGCAGUAUGGCACAGUCUCCUUCAGAACAGAUACAUUCGCGUCUCAAAGGCUGAGCUGUUGAGGAAUGAGCGUACAUCUGUUGAGCUACCGGGAGGAGGCUAUAUGGCAUGGAUUGGCGUCUUCCAUGAGCUUCAUUGUGUUGACUUGCUUCGACAGUGGAAACACAAAGAUUAUUACUUUAACAAUACAACCCGGGAGGAUAUGGAAAAGAUAGAAAGACAUACCGAUCAUUGCUUAGACAGAAUCAGGGCAACUCUCAUGUGCCAUCCGGAUGUCUCAUCUUUGACGACCUUUUUUUGGGAUGAUGAGCCGCAGCCGAAGGUCAACGGCACAAAGACUUUGCAUGAAUGUGUUGACUGGAAUACCAUGGUGGCUUCUUCAGAAUAUCGAACUGUUCACCAUGAUGAGAUUGCAUCUUUAAAAAAUCCUAUGAUUUUAGUGUAGAAAAUAAUUGAAUUUGAUUUGACUUGGUUGACUUUAUCA